GAUGCUGGUGUACUUCUUUUGUUCUCGUAUCGUCACAGUUGGCCGAUGAGGCGGAGCUGGAAGCGUUGUGUGCUGAAGUCUCGUCGCAGAGCCACUUGAGCGAGAGCCCGGAUUCACCGAGCCGUCCCUGCUGCACAUUCACUUACAUCACCAUGACCGGAGAGGAAGUAGAGCUGUGCCACGGAGGAAGUGACAUCGCUGUCAGCUGGGAGAAUAGAGAUGUGUAUGUGCGAGCGGUGCGAGAUCUGCGCCGGCGGGAGCUGCAGAAUGUGGAGUGUAUGUCGGCCGUCCGCAUAGCAUAUCGCUAA